AGGAAACAAGCAAGUAGAGAGAGAGAGAGAGAGAGAGAGUGAUGAAUUCGAAGCUGCGGAGUCUGUGGAACCACCCGGCGGGGCCAAAAACGAUUCAUUUCUGGGCGCCGACGUUCAAGUGGGGGCUGAGCAUCGCCAACAUCUCCGACUUCCAGAAGCCGCCGGAAACGCUUUCCUACCCCCAGCAGUCCGUCAUCGCCGUCUCCGGCGUCAUCUGGUCGCGCUACUGCUUCGUCAUCAAGCCAUGGAAUCUCAACCUCUUCGGCGUCAACUCCGCCAUGGCUUGCACCGGACUCUACCAGCUCUCUCGGAAGCUCCGCCACGACUACUCCUAUCAGUAUGCAAACUCUCUGGUGUCUUUCACUGUCGAAUAA